GUAUGUGUGUGUGUAGCUGCGAGUGUGUACGUGUGUGUGGUUAUUAACUUGAAGUGACCUGAUAUGAAACCGGAAGAGAUCAGUCACUAUAAAUACCUUGAGAGACAGUUGGUAUCUCGCUGUUUCCUUCUUGCCGAGUGCUGGUGGUUUGAGUAACUGACACAACCCGCUCAGCAGCUCCGAGACGUGGGGUGUCAACAGGGGGGAAACCGGAGCUGGUGACGUAGGGUUCUUGUGGCCACUGGACCCCACGGUGUGUGCUCGGGAUGGCCUCCGCUCUACCCCUGUCCUCUCUUUUCCUCUUCCUCGGUGCUGUGCGCUGGCUCCUGGCACUCCGGUUGUGGCCACCAGAGGGCGUGAGGGAGGGGGAUCCGGCUUUACUGCAGUGCGACCUCGAGCUGCCCCCCAAUACCAGCGUGGGGGAUGUGAAGGUGGAUUGGUACCAUUCCACGCACAGUGCCGAGACCCAACAAGAGAUCCUGUAUUAUUACAGUAACAUAUCGGUGAUUGUCCCGGGCACGAACUUCACGUCCAGACUGCUCUGGGCCGGCAACAUCCAGCACAACAACUGCUCCAUCCUCCUCACCGCAGCCAAGUGCAGCGACUCCGGCCUCUACAGCUGUGAGGUGCGGACGCCCAGGACCCAUCGUAUCAUCCGCAAAGCCAACAUGACAGUCAGGGUCCUGUGUGCAGGGUUCAGGGUGCGGAGACUUAAGGUUCCGAUGCCGGUGUUGCAAUUGUGGCACAUACCGGUGUAUUCCGUGGUGGGAGUGCUGGGAUUGUGUGUGACUCUGGCUCUCCUGGCAGUGUGGGCGCUGAGGAGACAAAGGAGGAACGAGGCUGCCCGACCCACAAACUCUGAGGAGCCGGACAUCUACGUGACUGUGAACCGGAGAUCUGGCCUCGGAGCGGAGCCAGGGAAACCCACAGAGAGAACAAGAGAUCAGGAGAAGGAAGCAGCCUCCAAUGAAACCUACAUGACGAUGCGUGCGUGGAUGGGAUUCCAGAAAGGUUUGUGUCCAAGACCACGCCCGGCAUUGACUCUACACCAACACCCAGACCCUCACCAACACCCAGACCCUCACCAACACCCAGACCCUCACCAACACCCAGACCCUCACCAACACCCAGACCCUCACCAACACCCAGACCUUCAUCCACACCCUCAUCCAGACCCAUGUCCAGGGGCAAUAACUAACACAGGAGACGUCUCCGAUGGAGGUUCCCGGGUAGCCACAGGAACAUUGACUGCGGAACCACAACAGUGA